CCAAAACAGCGAAGAGAAGCAAGAAGAUUAAUAUUGUAUCAGAAUUGUCAUAAACAAACUUUACUUUUUAAACUGGUCACACUUCCUACACAGUUCAAAAGCUUUUAUCUGUCAAAACUUUUUAUAAUUCAAAAUAAAUUGUUUGAUUCAAAAACAAUAAACAGUGGGGUCAUGUUCCUGUACAGUACCAGUUUUUUUGGAACUACUACAACUCUAACAUGAGCCCAAAAAGGAAAAAGACAAAAGUGAGCAGCAAUGAAGAAGGAGAAAUGAAACUUACAAACGAAAAGAACGUAGAUGAUCAGAAUAAGCCACAUAAUUCAGAAAACUGUUUGUCAGAAGAAGAGCUAAGAGCAUUGAAAAGAAAAAACUUUGUUAAAGCUUGUGAACAAGUGUCAUAUAAGGAGUAUUAUAAUUAUGCUAAAAGAUUUAAAUUAGUGUACCUACCUCAAUGUAUAAAUGGAAGUAAUUGCAAUCACAAAAAUGUUAAAAAUUCACCAAACAUAAAUCAGAUACCAUCAUAUGCAGAGGAAUCAUUUCAUAUAGAAAUCAAAUCAGGUACAUGGUGUGAAGCAUUGGAAGUAUGCUUUAUAUGCCUGACACCUGAUCAAUAUUUAUCUGCAAAUAUUCUGAAGAAUAUUGUGGAAAUAAUGCUGAAUGCUCAUGAUGAUCCAGAUGAAGAUUUCACAGUGUCAUAUUUAUUAGAAAAAUGUCAACAAGUUCUUUCACAACAAUUUAGCACCCAUCCACCAUGCUUAAUGAAGACCAUUAGAAAAUGUUAUAUUGAUUUCCUAACAUCAUCAAUGGAUCGAAAAGAUAAUACAUUUACAAAUAGAGAUAAAUUUGAAUACAACAAAGGAGUUGUCAAAUAUUGCAUGAAUAGAUUGGAAUAUGAACUAAGUUUAGAGAGUAAUGAUGAACCUUUAGUUAAUGAAUAUGAAAUUACUCCGGAAGAGAUGAAAGAUAGUGUUAAAGGCUUACAUUGGCAAAAACAAAAACUCGAAUUAUAUGAAACUUUAAAAAGAGAAGAUAGGAUUAAUAGAAUCAUGGCUGUACUGGAAAGUGUUAUUGAACUGUUACAAUUUGAUUUAGUGAUAUGGUUAUCUCGGUACAAUAAUAAUACAGGGUGUCACAUAAUGAGAUCGCACAGGCCAUUAAUGGCUUUUGUUUUAUGGUCUGACAAUAUUCUCUUCACUGGGGCUGUGAAUAACAAUUGUCGGCAAAUUCUUAGAAUAUUUUCUUACAUGGUACACCUUUCAUAUCCUGAGGAACAUAUAAGAAUCAUGACUAUGUGGCUUAACUCUAUCAUACAAACUUUUUACAUUUGUGAAAAUAAUUCAAAUAGUGACUAUCCUAAUACUGGUAAAUAUUGCAAUGCAUUUGCCAAAGAGUUUUAUAAGAUUAUCUCAGGCCUACCUCGUGAGUCAGUACUCAAAAUACUGCAAAGGGUACAACCAACUUACAUGCAAAAUAUUCUUGGAACAUUGCAUUUACAGUCAACAAUACCUACAACAAAAGACAACAUAAUAGAAAUUGUAAUUGAAUUUUUAGAAAAUUCACAAUGGACAAAAUAUCCAACAAGCAACAUUGACUUGGAAAUGUUUUUAGAUAAUAGCAUAAAAAUAAGAAAAGUUAAAAGCAUGUCAAAUUAUUUAUCAAAAAUAUUACAAUGCAUAUAG